GCUCUCUAUGAUACUCGCCAGAAAAUUUCCCAAAUUCGGUUCGUUUGCAUUCAACUCUAAAUUCGAAUUCUUCGCCACUCCGAUCGCCAAUUCGCCUCCACCAUGGACGUCUCCGUCGUCGCCGACGCCUUCACGUUCACGGCCAACGCCGAAUCCCUAGGGUUCGCCAAGUUCCUCCUCCUCCGCCGAUCCGCCAGCUUCAUCUCCCUCUCCGACCCCUCUUGCGCGGGUCCAUCCCCGAGGUCCUCCGCGUCGCCUCUCCACGUCUCCGCCUUGUUGAACCCCGUCGACGUCGUCGCGCCGCCGCCCGUGAAGUCCGAUCCUUACAGGAUCCUCCUCCGCAGAAGCCGCCGCGCGAAGAGGAGGCAGCAGUCCUCCGGCGGCCCCGGAGAGGGAGAUGACGGUGCGCUUUACGGCGACGCCCCGUUCGGCGGCGGGUUUGGUUUCAACGGUGGCGGGGGAGGAGGUGGUGGUCGGGGGUGGAAUUUCGACGGGUUCGGGAGUCAAAGCUGGGACGACUCGUCGCGGCGGCCGCGCUGUGUUUCAGGUUUUGCUUUCGAUUUCAUCUAUGAGGUGAUUUAUUGGAUCGCACUCUCAAAGUGCAUUCACUUCGCGUUCAAUAGGGUAGCGAGAAUCGUGGCGGACACGAUGAUCGAAGACGUGCAGGCACAGCGAAAGAAGGCUCCGGUGAGAUUGACGGCCAUGUGCUAAAUUGGUAAUAGUAAUUGUAGUAUUCACUACCUCGGCAAUUCAAUGUUCCUCAUGCUAAUUGGUGGAAGACUAGUUGAUUGUUUUAAAUGCACUUGUCGGGGUAGCUGGGUGUCUAGUGUUCUCUUCACCAUUCCUGUGUAAAUAGUGCGCAUAGUAGACAGCAAUUAAACUUAUAUCUCGUACAUCCAAUUAGACAGCAAUUGAAGUGUCGAUUCUUUCUGCUUCGAGUCUACGUUAAAUUCUUUUCCGACUGUUGUUGAUUUGAGCGGAUACUCUUGGCUGCAUUUCGUGAUUUGGGAAAAUCCAUAUUGUAGUGGGAUAGGCAAGAUUGUUGAUACGUAUGUUUGGUCUUCUUGCGUUGA